AUGUUGCGCAUCUCGUUGGCUCGCAAGGCGCUACAAGCAGCAAAUGUCUCUGGUAGCAGCGCGACAGGAUUUACUUCGCGCAGUGUGAGCAUGCAGACUAAAACGAUUCAACCGCUUUCAAUGCUUCGCCGUCUUGCUGUGCCGGUGGCUGCAGCUGCAUUCGCAGGCGCGGCGCUCAUGUACAUGAGCGAAGCUGUGCAUGCACAGCCGGAGAAGCCCUUGUACUCGCGUGGCUCGAUCGAGUCUAGGAUGAAUUUGGUGGAGCCUAAAACGAUUCUGCGUGCGCUCAAAGAAGACGAGGAUGGAGAGGAGGAGGAUUCAGCGCACGACGCCGAUGCAGAGGACCAGGAUCCAGCGCACGACGCCGAUGCAGAGGGCAACGCCGACGCGAUCGAGAAUGCCGAAGAAGCUUUUGACGAACGUACGGGCGAAAUCAACUGGGACUGUCCUUGCCUCGGCGGCAUGGCGGAUGGGCCAUGCGGAGAAACAUUCAAGGCCGCGUUCAGCUGCUUUGUCUUUUCUGAGCAGGAGCCCAAGGGCAUCGACUGCGUUGACAAGUUCAAGCUUAUGCAAGACUGUUUCCGAAAGCACCCCGAGGUGUACGCUGAGGAAAUCAAGGCGGACGAUGAGGCAGAGGCAGAGGCGGAGAAUGCUGUCGCAGAGGAUUAA